AUGGCCCUGGUAGUGGGUGAAAUCCUACGAAAGGCCUCAGUCCUGUAUGAACGGCAUGCUGGGGAGAUCAGGAUAGAACACGUGGACUCGAAGUCAGUUAUCAUUCUCGUAGACUCGGUAAUUAAUACUGGCCAGAUGGUUGUCGACUUUAUCCGUCGUUUGACGCGUCUGAAUGCGGCUCUGCGCAUUGUCAUCAUAGCUGCCGUGGUGCAGGAUGAGGAAAUCGCCAAUAUCGAAGCCCUGAAAAACACCAUACAACGUCAACAAGUUGGCCUAAGAACCAAACAACAAAUUUACUAG